CCAAUAGGAAAACGCCUAACGAGGCUGAUUUAAAGACACGCAGAGGGAGGCGCAGCUUUAGCUGGCCGGGCACAGUGAGAUCCCCCCGCAAUACACCGAGCAGAAUUGCAGAUCUGUGUUGUUAAGCGGAAUCUGAAAUAUGGAUGAACUGCAGGACGUCCAACUGACGGAGAUCAAACCCCUUCUGACGGAUAAGAAUGCCGGUCGGAACUUUGAAGACUUUGAUGGACAGGAGCAUGAUAUUGAGACUGCUCAUGGCGUGUUGCAUGUCACCAUGCGUGGUGUCCCGAAAGGAAAUAGACCAGUGAUCCUGACGUUCCAUGACAUCGGCCUGAAUCAUAAAUCUUGCUUCAACACAUUUUUUAACUAUGAAGACAUGCAUGAAAUCACACAGCAUUUUGCCGUUUGCCAUGUGGAUGCCCCCGGACAGCAGAUGGGAGCACCUUCAUUUCCAUCUGGGUACCAGUAUCCUACAAUGGAUGACCUGGCUGAGAUGUUGUCUGCUGUCCUAACACACCUAAGCCUAAAGUCCGUCAUAGGGAUUGGGGUUGGAGCCGGUGCCUAUGUGUUGUCCAAAUUUGCACUUGAUUACCCUGAACUGGUGGAGGGCCUUGUACUCCUCAACAUUGACCCCUGUGCCAAGGGAUGGAUUGACUGGGCAGCUUCCAAGCUUUCAGGAUGGACCUCUAAUGCCGUGGACACUGUUCUGGCUCACCUCUUUGGUUAUGAUGAACUUCAAUCAAAUCUAGAUCUCAUUCAGACCUACAGACUACAUAUUGCUCAAGAUAUCAACCAAGAUAACCUUCAUCUUUUUUUAAAUUCCUAUAAUAGCCGCAAAGAUCUGGAAAUAGAAAGACCGCUUCUUGCAGCGAAUAAUUCUUUAGGAACGCUCAAGUGCCCUACUCUGCUGGUGGUUGGUGACAGUUCUCCUGCAGUUGAUGCUGUGGUGGAAUGUAACUCAAGAUUGGACCCAACAAGAACAACACUUCUUAAGAUGGCAGACUGUGGCGGAUUACCACAAGCUGUACAGCCUGGAAAGCUGGCAGAGGCCCUAAAAUAUUUUAUUCAAGGAAUGGGAUACAUUCCAUAUGUUCAGCUCAGUCAUCUGAGCAGUGAAUCAGUGCCAGGAGCAAGUAUGACCAGACUCGUCCGUUCCCGCACUCACUCCGCCUCCAGCAGUGGCUCAACAGAAGUUCCCCGCAGCAGAUCUCAAACCAGCAAUGCCCACCUAGAGACCACAACCGGCUCGGCCAUCACAAACGAUAUCCAGGAAGCUCCACAGACACUGGAAUUAUCUUGCUAAAGCACUCCAGCACUACAUUUCCUAUAUCAGUCGAACAAUGAACCCAUCCUGACCAGCAACUCUAGAGAAAAAAAAUAUUCCCAUUUCUUUCCAUCAUUUGAUCUUCAUGUAACUUUGUGCAUGAACUUUCUAAAUAUCUAACCUAAUAGUCUUGAUACUUCUGGAAAAACUAACAGUUCUAUGUAUCAUUUCCUGUGUUUAAAGGGGAUUGCCAGGAGAAUGUAGUGGUUUUUCGUUUGGCUUGACCCCCCCUCUUUUUCAUAGUAUAAAGGGGUUACUCUUCCCCCCUCCGGCUGCUCUUGGGGGUUUAACAGAUAAUGCAAUUAGGUUUCACGUGCAGCUCUCGGCUUGUGAAAUGUGAGCUGAGCUUUUGGUAUGGGCACACAGAUGAAGUUUCGGUUUGGGAAACAUUGGUUAAUGAACCUGUACUCCAUUUUAAACCUUUACUAGCAAGUCUUCUAAGAACACUCCCUGCUAUUCUGCGCCCAUCUGAUUUAAUUUACCUUGGUUAGUGAGGCCUGACUUUAUGACCAUGACAUGUCAACUGCUAUACUUUUGACUAAUGGGACUGUAUCAGUUGACAUUAAGGGAACUUUCAUUGGACAGGGAGAGGACGGUUGUUGACCAUUUAGUUGGGUAAUGAAACUCUUGCUGUUAGGCUAUGCCUGCACUUUGUAGGGUUAACUACCAAUUUAUAACUAAUUUGUCUUUUAACAUCAAGACUGAUUCAGGGUCAAUAGUCCUACACAGGAGUUGACCCAGAGGGGCAGUCUACUGUUGGAACACAAGAGCACCAUUUGCCAGGGAAGCAGGAUCAAGUAAGUGCAAGCACUCUUGCCGUCCCCUAGAUUAAAUGAGUAGUUAUCCCUUGCAGUACCACUGCAAGUAAGGACUUUUAGUGUUCCUAGAGUUCAACUUCAAAGGGAAUUUUUCAGCAUGGGUAUGUAGGAGCCCUUCCUCAGGGAUAUUGAGAAGGCAUCAUGAUGAAUAUCCUUAUCGGUUUGGCUAAUGAUACAAGUAAAGCUUGCUUAUGGCUUCACCUCCCAGUGAAUGUUGGUUUGGUGUUGCUUCACAGAUAAUGUUGCUGAGAAAAUAUUUUCAGGUUUAAAGAAAACGUUUCAGGAUUGAAGUAAUGAGAGCUGCCAUUACAGACCUAAAACGGUCAUUCCAUCCUCCACUACUGAUCUAAAACAAGCCUACACCCAGAGAAAAGGGAGCGCCCAACUUGCUUGUUCUGGGUUGGUGACUUCCUGAACAACAAUGGCCCUAGAAUGUCACCCCCCAACAAGUUGGCAAUGGUAGCUUCCUGGUUUUCAUCCUGGUGGGUUUUAAGCUCUUCAAUCACCUACAACUAUUCUAAGAUGACCACUUGAAGGAUAGCUUCUUUUCAUACCCUCUUCCAGAGGGGGAAGACUUCCAUUCCCUCUGAAACUUCCCUUAAAUCUAUUGUGGGUUUUUUUUUUUUUUGUGUAGAAAUUGUUGACAUUUCAUUGGGUUUGUUUUUUAUAUUGCAGUUUAUAUUUUGACUUUUUCAGCUUUCACUCUUAUUAAAAAAAUUAAAAAAAAAAACUUUUUUUUAAAAAAACACUAGAAAGAUGGGGGGUGGAAAAACACACUUUGGGUGUGGUACUUUGGAGCUCCUAAGACUCUUUGCAUACUUCUCCCCCCCCCUCGUGGUGAUUUAAUGGUAGUUAGUUUUUAUGCACUUAAUAAUGUCUUCACUGCUGUGUUUGGGGUAGAAGAUGACACUGCCAGCACUUCACAGAAAAGCUUAUCUGAGCCUUUUGCUAGUAGCAUAAAAGGGAUCUUUUAUAAUGCUUAAAAAAAAAAGGCUCUUGCUGACAAAUAUUAGAUUUCUGCUUUAAGAGAAAUCUCUGGCUCCGUUCUCACUACUUUUGGAGCUCUUACUAUAGUUUCCUGGAUUAAACAGGAGCUGAAAUGUUCAGUUUUUCUUGCAGCGCCACCUGUUCAAAACUUUGGUAUUGCAGCUCAUCUAUUUUGCUAUAUAUUGCGUUUGUGAGUUCAAGUAUAGCUGAAUGUGUGGGCUUUAUUCUUAUCGUAAAUAACGGAUGAAAUCUUGUCAGCUGCGUGUGCAUUUUUUUUUUCUUGUCUAACUGGAAAUCUUAUAUAGUCUGUGCCUGCUCUUUCUGGUAGAGACUGCACUUAUUGGGUCUGACACCAAUGUAUUCCGACUUUUGGAGGAUUGUGCUUUUAAGUGAAUGUAGUUGUCCAUUAGUUACUGCCGAUUUGACUGCUGGUCACAUACUGUCUAGCUUCCAUGCUUUCAUUUUGUCUGCAGUUUACUUUUGGUGGCAAUGCCAAGCAGUCAAGAAUGCAGCCUAGACACGCAUACUGCAGUCUGAUCUCCUCCUUACAUCAUUGCUUAUUUUGCCACCAGUGCAACUUGUCAUGUGAGUUUAAAAUCGCAUGACAAGUCUCAUCCUAUUGUCAACAAUGGAAGCGGUCUGAUGGAGUCGCACCAAUUUUGAAAGCAGUUCUUGCACUACUUUUUGCAAGUUCAGGUACGACCUGCAUGGAUAUCUGUGCAUGAAGUCACAGAUGUCUUCCAAGGAGUACUAUUUUGAAAUAGUGCUAGUUCAAGUGAAGUAGCAUGGUUUCAAUGUUGUGAUUGGUAUGACCAGGGCUUGGAUCCUGCAGUUGUCCAUGCAGGGUAAGCAACUAGUUGAUGUAACUGCCACUCUCUCCAGCUGCACCUUCAUUGGUGGCUGCAUUCUGUUGGUGGGAGUAGAGACUCUUGGUACCUCCUGGGUUUGUGGAGCCAUGGGACUUAACGCUCUUCCCAAUGUCACUGGUGAUUGUCUAAGCUGAGAAGAGUCUUUAACACUGUGUAAGCUCCAAGACUUGUUUUUUGGAGUAAAGACAGUCUAAGAUACAAACAAAAGCAAGGCGAGUUAUGUAAAGCUGUAGAGUGGUUGGCAAGCUAAAUGCUUUGCCCUGCAUUGGCAAAUCUCAAGUUUAAACCUUUUUCGUUCACACCAUGUGGUCUCUGCCAAUGUGACACACUUGAGAUAAACUUCCUGUAAAAAAAUCUACACACUGAACAUUUCAUAGUAAAAUGUUAGUGGGUACCCACACUUCUAUUGACCACACAGAACAAAUUUUUGGUUUCACGGUUCACCCAGGAGCUGGUAAGCACAGGCGCCUUUGGAGAUCAGUACAUCAAUGAAUGCCCUCGACUAAAAGCCCCAAGCUGGUCUUCAAUUCUUUUGGUGCUUCAGUCUGCCCUUUUCCUAGCUGUACAUUAUAUACUCUUUGCUUUUGGUGUCCUUGCAAAGUGUUUCUUCUAUAAGAGUUCAGAUGAAUUAUGAAUGUUCUUUUAAACUAUGAAAGGGAACAUCUAAUACUAACCCAAUUGUAUUUUGUUCAUGUUGUCAUUAACGUUAAUAUAUAUUGUCCACUACAGUGUUUGUUUACUUAUGUAUUUGAGAAAGCAAUAGAUGGUUAUAUGGAAGCCUUAAUGACUUUACAGGGAAAAUAAAGUGAAUUUCAAGAUCUGUCAGCUUUCAAUAGAAAGGGAGAACUUUUCAUUGGACCUCUAUGCCAUGUGCAAGGGCCUCACUCCUUUAUUUGCUCAGUACUUGGCACAUUGGUUGGCCAAAGCCAGUAGUCAAGGUUCAUUCAAUGGAAAUGCAAAGACACCCAGCUUUAACUUUUUAACAUUUUACAAUUGUCAGAAUAGAUAAUUGUUGAGUGCUUUGCUCCUGGGACUGCCCCAGCUAGAGUACCUGUCACAUUUGAUGGGUGUAUUUGAGGCCAUUCAGAGGCAAGGAAGGCUGACGCUAGUAAUAACCUUCCUAAAAAUGCGAAUUCCCUGGCUGUCUAUGGAUUUAAUCCUUUGCGUUGCUGUCCUUGCACAAUCAUGUGGAAUAAAAGUAAGACUUAAAGGACAACUGUAGUUUAUGGAAGCACACCCCUACUCCUGCCCCAACUUCUUAACAUCGAAGGAAACCCGUUUAUUUAAAAGUUCCAAAGAAUUGCAUUCUGGACACGUGCCAGAAAUGUAACUGUCAUAAUGGUUGUGAUCCCAGCCAAACCAUCCAAUGACUGGAGUCAUAACUGAUCACAUAUUCAGUACCAUGACAGUUGAAGAUUAAAUACAGCCCAAGAUGGCCGCUUCCUUGGCUGAAAUGGAUAGGAGUGCUUUACUUCCACUUUAACCUGUAGCAGAGCUGCAUCCUAUGCAAUUUUUUUUAACCCUUGGGAAACUUUCUUCUGCUGCCCCUGUGUACCAAGACUUUAUAGACCUGUAUGGGACAGUCCCAGACAUUGGAGCAGUUUCUCAAGACAACCAUAUACUAGUGGAGGCCAGGAAAACCUUGCACAGGCUGUGACAAGAGUGUAUGUAAGAAGGUGUUGGGGGUGGCAGAGGAUUGUGUAUUAAAAGUACAGUUGUCCUUUAAGCCGAAGGUCCUAAUCUGCAUCCUUGUGCCAAGUUAAAGUCUAGACACCAUUUAAUCACCACAGUUGGCAAGGAGUGUUUUCAAAAGGUGAGAUCAUGAAUGUUGGCAGCUAUCAUUGCUGCAUGUUCUUCUGAAAGACAAAGUUCCUUGCACUGUGGGCAGAGUUCAAAUCUGGAAGACAUUGAAGACCUCACCAAAAAUAUAUAUGCUUGGGUGGGAUGUCAUGACAUUCCAAGUGGGAGUCUUUGUUCUCUGGAACCACAGCAAAUUGACUUCCACUCCAGCAAUGGCCAUGGAAGGAAAAGUUGCUUGUCUCGUUGGCCCCAAGUAAACCUUUCAAACAAUACCCCAUGCUGCACCAUCCAUCUUUGGCAGAUAUGUUGGAUGCACUUUGGCCACUGACGGUCUAAAAAGAGGUCAAACCCUGCUCCCUUUGGGAGGAACUAUUGUACAAGCUGAUAACCAGGUAGGUUGAUCAAGAUUUGAUGCUUCAUACUUUCCGUUUGGGUAACAUGCAUGCCAGUGUCAUUGUUUUGUACCAAAAAUUCUACUUAUGCUGAAAUACAAAAUUUCUAAAUCGGAACACCUAAAAUAUUAUGAACAGUUUAUCUUUACAUAUAUAUAUUCAAGUUUUUGUUAAAUAUAUACUUCUCUUCCCUUUUUGAAAUGUUCGUUUUUGUUGUUGGUUUGAUUUUUGGCGUGACACCCAAAAGACCCGCCUUUUAGAAACCACCCACUUUGGUGUUAGGGACGGACGUGAAUCUUUGUGGCUAGCGACUUGGUAUUUUUAGACCAAUAAAACCUAAAGGGAUUGUUUUGAAUUUGUAUCUUACAAAUGAACCUAUAUUAUAUAUAUAUUUUUCCUGUAGCUGAGCAAGAAUGUAGACUUGACUAUAACUGUUAUCAAUGAUUUUCUCCUGUUUAAAUAAAGGCAUUGUCUAAUUGACUUUGUACUUGCUAAUAAAACUGAAGUGUGUCGUA